GCACUUUUGGCUUGGACGGCUUACCGCGAAAUACAUUCAACAUGGUCGGAAGAAUAUUAUUAUUCUGUGGGCUUAUAGCCGUUGCCUCCGCAGCGGUCAAGCUCCAAGAAGUGUAUUCCUGGAAUGUAAUGGACUGGAAUUAUCCUGACCAGUACUUAAAGCAGCAGGCCCUCCAGACUGGUGCACUGAUCAGACAAAAUGCUUUACCUGUUGGUAUUGAACGAUGGCGGAAUAAGCUCUUCGUCAGCGUUCCUAGAUGGCGUCCAGGUAUACCAGCAACGCUGAACUAUAUACCCCUGGAUGCGCCAUACGAACCGUCUCCGAAGCUCACUCCAUAUCCAAGCUUCAGAGGCAACGAAUUGGGUGAUUGUGAAAAUGGACUCACAACGGUUUACAGAAUUAAAGCUGACAAAUGUGACCGUCUAUGGGUCUUGGAUGUUGGCACUUACGGAUACGAUCCUAAUGUGACAAAUGUGUGCCCAUACGCUCUAAACGUAUAUGAUUUGAACACUGAUAGGCGUAUCAGAAGAUAUGUGUUCAGACCCGAAGACAUCGUAUCUACUACUUUCAUCGCAAACAUCGCUCUAGACGAAGGUCUCACUUGUGAUGAUACUUUUGCUUACUUCUCUGAUGAACUUGGUUACGGCCUCAUCUCUUACUCCUGGGAGCAGAACAAGUCAUGGAGAUUCAGCCACAGCUAUUUCAUGCCGGAUCCACUCGUUGGCGACUUUAAUAUAGCCGGUCUGAACUUCCAGUGGGGAGCCGAAGGUAUAUUUGGUAUAAGUGCAUCCCCGAUGGGCGGUGAUGGAUUCAGAACACUGUACUUCAGUCCUUUAUCAAGUUAUACGGAGUUUUCUGUAUCAACUAGAAUCUUAAGAGAUGAGAGUAAAGUAACUGGAUCUUAUAAAGACUUCAAAGUAGUCGGAACACGUGGACGUGAUACACACACUACUGCUAAAGUAAUGGAUGUCACCGGUGUUCAACUCUUUAAUCUAAUCGAUCAAAACGCUAUUGGAUGUUGGAGUACAAACUUCGCACUAAAACCACAGAAUAUAGCCGUCGUAGACAAAGACGAUGUCGGCCUAGUUUUUCCAUGUGAUAUUAAAAUUGACGAAGGAAGAAAUGUAUGGGUAAUUUCCGAUCGUAUGCCUGUGUUUUUGGAAUCAGAAUUAAAUUAUGGAGAUAUAAAUUUCCGAAUUUUCGUCAGUUCUGUCGACAAGCUUACUCAAGGAACAGUAUGCGAAACAUCGCCACCUUCGAUUCAGUCCUCAAUGCCGCUCCUUUCACGGCCUAACCUGUUUAACAAUGGUGGUUUUCAGAGUGUCUCACAAGUUCCUCCAAGAGUAUUCCUUCAAAGCACUUCCAGCAGAUCACAAAUACCAACUUUCCCCAACAAUCCACAACUUAUGUCUCGCAACCAACAACUUUUUCCCAGCAAUCCACAACUCACGUCUUCAGUAACAUCUCCAAAUGCUAUAUCGACACUUUUUAAUCCAUUACUGAAUACGAAGCAAACUUCUAGACAGCCAUUUUCUGUUACGCCUUCGACGCCUCAAACAAUCUCCAACAGGGUGAACCCAUGGUGGUUGAGAAAUGACUACCAGGUAAUGGAGAACCUAUAAAAGAAUACCUAAAACAUGUAAUGUUACACAGUUAAAAUGGUUUUAGUGUCAUGCAAAAUCCUUAGUAAAGACUUUAAUAUUGAUGUGGUUCAUACGCUAUAAGUUGUAUAGCUAUAAUGUAACUACGUUAUUCAAUGUACCUAUUUAAAAUAAGGUGUGAGAAUGGAGUCUAUAUUUUUGUAUCUAGACUCUGGUGUAUAUGUUAAGUAUAAAAAUGUAUGUUAUGGAUCUGUGUAUUGUGAUGUUCUAUUGUAAAGUUAUGCAAAUUAAUAUUGAAUGUAAAGUUUUAUAAGGUAAAAUGUAAAAAGGAGCCUACUAUGUUACAUAAUGUAUAUGUACCUAAAUAUUGUACCUGAGUAAAUGAUGAAUAAUAAUAAAUAUUU